UUACUCUGGAUUGUGGGUGUCUUUUUUUUAUUAUUUUAUUUUUGUAUUUUUAAUUAAAUGUCCGACAUUCCUGUGUAUCCAUAAAAAUGUAGAAGAUCUGCAUUUUUAAGAGUGUAGUCCAAUAGUUUGUCUGAUUUUUGCUUUGAUUUUUCUUUUGUAACUCGUAUAUCAGAAUAUCUCAAGAUUUCCCUCAGACAUAAAAAAAAAUAAACCUAACCUUUAUUUUUUGGAUGGAUUUGAUUUGUUUUUAUGCAUAAAUGUGGAUGAUUGUGUCCGAGUGGGUGUGUGCACAUGUGGGUGUGUGGCUUGGUAUGCUUUCAGUUGUCUCCUACAAAUUUGUGUAACAUACAGAAUGUAAGAUGUUCCUUCUGUUCUUCUUUAACAGCUCUGGGGAAAUUGAAAUCUGUAGAAUUGAUUUUGAAUUUUUGUUGGGAGUUGUGUACAAACAGAACAUAAUUUCUACCAACACUCUAGCGGUGCAACAAAAUAAACCUGGAGUAUUGACGUAACUCCCAAAGUAAGCAUUUGUGUUGGUAGAGAUGAGGCAUUUUAUUGGUUAUUGGACACAUAUACUAAACUUUUCUACUUUGUCUGCAAGUUCCUCUCUGAACUUGCUUGCUCUUCAUUGUUGUGAACUUCACAAUGUCAAAUUUAAAAAUAAAAAUGCCACUUUUUACUGAAUUUUUUUGGGGUGUUUUAAUAGCGUUCUGAUUUUCACCUUUACUUAGGCAGCUAGAUUGACUUCCUGUUUGAAGUUAAUUAAAAUCUGUCAAAGAACUUCAGCAGUUUAGCAGUUAAACGAGCCAGUCCUUUUAGAAGAGAAAAAAAAACACAUGAACGUCAGAUAUAUAUAUAUAUAUAUUUUUUUUUUUUUUUUUUUUUUGUAGCUCCAUUUGUUUACUUGUAAAAGGCUUUUUGAGGAUAUGUUUGCAGAAAAGCGAAGACAUCUCGGCGUCGGCGGAAAACUGUUUCUGCGCAGGCUCAUAAGAUUUCCCGCCUUACCGUUCUGAUUGGUUGAUCGGAGUGAAUCUUAAAGAGUGAUUGGUCAGCAGACAGAAACCCGGUAGUACAAAGAAGUUCAUCUUUUUUUAUCCUUGCAGGAGCUACGCUGCUAUACUUUGCUUAGAAACGAGCUACAGUUGAACAUUAUCAUGGAGAAGCCUCUCCUUCCCAGAGAGUCUGGGCAGUUUGUGGCUGAGCGAAGCAAAGACGUGUUUAUCAGGGACGCAGGAGUCCAGAAGGUAGCAGAGAUGCUCUUCAGUCUCAGACGCAGUGAGUUCCUGACUGCUAGUGGCUGGAAGGUGGCCAAUCCCCUGGCUCCGGCACCCACCUCUGAUCAGGCGUUAAACUGGCUGUUCGUUGUGGAUACCAUGAACUUCUGCUUUUGGCCCGACAACGAAGCUCAGCAGUGUGAGGUGACCUAUAAAGGCGCCACUUACACAGGCUUCAUGACUCUGUGUGCUGCCAUCACCAGAGCUAUGGAGGAAGGUGUACCCAUCACUGAUCCCAAGUACUUUUCCAAGAUGAGCGUGGAGGAGUUGGGAAAAGUUCUCCGAUCAGACAAUGAGACAGCCAUGCCGAUGGUUCAGGAACGCCACCAGGUCCUGACCGAGGGCGGGCGCGUGCUGCUGGAGCACGGAGGAAGUUUCCGUAGUUUUAUCAGCCAAGCAGGAAACGAUGCUCAGAAGAUGGUGGAGCUGAUCGUGGAGAAGAUCCCGUCUUACAGGGAUGAAGCUACAUAUGAGGGCAGAAAAAUCUCUUUCAACAAGCGAGCCCAGAUCCUGGUGGCAGAUUUCUGGGCAGUGAUGGAGGCCAGAGGAGAAGGGUACAUCACCAACAUAGACUGUCUCACCAUGUUUGCAGACUACAGGGUUCCUCAGGCGCUUGUCUAUUUAGGAGUGUUGGAAUACUCUGAUGCACUGAUGGAGGCACUGAAGAACGGUGAGCUGCUGCCUUCAGGGGAUCGAAGAGAAGUCGAGAUACGAGGAUGUUCCAUUUGGUCCGUGGAGCUGAUCAAGGAAAGACUGCACAAGAUGGUACAGGAGAAAGACGGGAAAGUCUGCAGCAUCAAUUCUGCUAUCAUUGACUUCUACCUUUGGCCUUUCGCUAAGCAGCACCACAGAGAGAUGGCCCACAUUCCCAUUCACCCUACACGCUGUAUUUUCUACUGACUAACAGACUGCAAGCUGAACAUACAGGAUGUUUCCCUGCGAAUAAACCAAACAUGGUAGUGAUUCCAUAAAACAGUUGUCAGUGUGCAGUUAAUGACAAUGUUUGAACAUCAAGUCUGUUGUAUUAAGCAUCCUGUUUUAGCUAAGCAAGUGAUGCUAUUACAUCAUGCAUGUUUGGAAUGUCUAAUUAGUAUGGAGUUGAAUUUGUGACCUUCAACAUCCAGAUGGCCAAAAAUUAUGUUUUUUUUUGUUUGUUUUUUUGUCUAGUCCUUUUUUCUACCGUUCAAAAUCAUGUAACUGUGCUUCAUCUUUAACUGUCCAAAGCUGCGUGUAUGUAUACAGUGUUUUUUGUCUACUAAAUCCAGAAAAAGAAAUUACUUUACUUCUGUU